AUGGUUGUUGUCUGGUUGAGCAAUACGGUACUGGCAUAUUUUUUUUUUUUUGGUUUCAAAAGUUCUACAGCAGUUCCAGCAACUACUUCAUCAGUUACCGCACCACAGCGCUUGUCUAAGGUGGUACAUUUACGGAACAUCCCGUCAGAUAUGACUGAAAUUGAAUUGAUCCAUUUUUGUAUGCCAUAUGGAAAACUUGUAAAUUAUUUGAUGCUCAAAGGCAAAAAUCAGGCGUUUGUAGAAUACGAGGAUGAACAGGGUGCUCAAGCAUUAGUAACUGUAUCAGCCACUUGUCCUAUAGCAAUUCGUGAUAGAACAAUCUUCUGUCAGUUUUCGACUCAUCAAGAGCUUAAAACUGAUAAACUUCGUUCGAGUACCAGUAGUUCAUUGGGUACAACAGCAACUGCAGCCGCUACUACGGCAACUAGUAGCACCAACGACGUCGACCUGGCUUCUGAGGUUAGCUAA